AGGACUCCACGGCCGCCCAGCAUGGCCCAGCGGCGCUCGGACAGUUCCCUGGAAGAAAAGCUGCUGGAAGGCCGCUUCCACGCGGAGCUGCGGCUGGAUGCCCAGGGUAACCCCGAGUCCAGACUCCCGCUGGUCCGGAGCCCCCUGCAGGGUAGGAGCAAUGCCAUCGUCCAGCAGGACCCCGUGGGACCUCCGCUUUCGCCCCCUGCGAACAAGGAGCCACGGACUGUCAUCUUGAGCACGGAGAGCCCUGUGGCCCUCAGGAUGGGCACCGAGCAGCUGAUCCCUCGGAGCCUGGCCGUGUCCAGCAAGGCCAAGACCCCAGCCCGCCACCAGAGCUUUGGGGCAGCCAUACUCAGCAAGGAGGCCGCCCGGAGGGACCCCCGGCUCCUCGCAGCCCCGAGCUUCUCCCUGGAUGACAUGGACAUGGACAUGGGCCCCGGAGGGACACUGGCGCGGAACCUGCGCAGCCAGUCUUACCGCGCAGCCAUGAAGGGCCUGGGGGCACUGGGUGGCGAGGUGCCCCCCAUCCCUCUGAGCCCCAAGCUCCACGCUCUGGCCGAGGAGUCCACCCAGCCUCCUGGUCGGCAUGUGGCCAAAAAUAAGAAGACGCUGGGGCGGAAACGUGCACACAAGGGCUCCUUCAAGGAUGACCCCCGGUUCUAUCAGGAGAUUCGGGAGCGGGGCCUGAACACCAGCCAGGAGUCCGAUGACGACCUGCUUGACGAGCCCUGCAGCCCCGAGGGGACACGGAAGGGGGGCACUCCCAUUGUAGUCAAGAACUUCCGGCCCCCCCAGGUCACCUGGAGCCAGCUCCCGGAGGUGGUGGAGUCGGGCAUCCUGGACACACUGCCGGCUGAGGAGCGCAAGAGGCAGGAGGCCAUCUUCGAGAUCCUCACGUCCGAGUUCUCCUACCAGCACAGCCUGGGCAUCCUGGUGGCCGAGUUCCUGCAGUCCAGGGAGCUGCGGGCGACCAUGACCCAGACGGAGCACCACCAUCUCUUCUCCAACAUCCUGGACGUCCAGAGUGCCAGCCAGCGGUUCUUCGAGGACCUGGAGCGGCGGCACAAGGCGCAGGUGUGCGUGGAGGACAUCAGCGACAUCCUGGAGGAGCACGCCGAGAGCCACUUCCACCCCUACGUGGCCUACUGCUCCAACGAGGUCUACCAGCAGCGGGCCCUGCAGAAGCUGACAAGCAGCAACACCGCCUUCCGAGACGUGCUCAGGGAGAUCGAGAAGCGGCCGGCGUGCGGCGGCCUCCCCAUGAUCUCCUUCCUGAUCCUACCCAUGCAGAGGGUGACCCGGCUGCCCCUCCUGACCGACACGCUCUGCCUCAAGACCCAGGGGCACCCCGAGAGGUACAAGGCCGCCAGCCGUGCGCUGAAGGCCAUCAGCAAGCUGGUGAGGCAGUGCAAUGAGGGAGCCCACAAGAUGGAGCGCACAGAGCAGAUGUACACACUGCACACACAGCUGGACUUCGGCAAGGUCAAGUCCCUCCCUCUGAUCUCCGCCUCCCGCUGGCUGCUGAAGCGCGGCGAGCUCUUUGUGGUGGAGGCCGGGCUCUUCCGGAAGCUUGCCAGCCGGCCCACCUGCUACCUCUUCCUGUUCAAUGACGUCCUGGUCGUCACCAAGAAGAAGAGUGAGGACAGCUUCGUGGUCCAGGACUACGCCCACGUGGACCAUAUCCAGGUCCAGAAGGUGGAGGCCACAGAGCUCUCUCUGCCAGGGGGCGGCAACCGUAGCUCGUCCGUGCCACACCCCUUCCAGGUGACCCUGCUGCACAACAGUGAGGGCCGCCAGGAGAAGAUCCUGCUGUCCUCUGACUCCGCGAGCGACCGUGCCCGGUGGAUCACCGCCCUCACGUACAAGGAGCAGCAGUGGCUGGGAACCACCAACAAGGGAGACCUUCCCCAGGUGGAGGUCACCAAGGCCUACUUCGCCAAGCAGGCGGAUGAGAUCUCACUGCAGCAGGCGGACGUGGUGCUGAUCCUGCAGCAGGAGGACGGCUGGCUCUACGGCGAGAGGCUGCGGGACGGAGAGACCGGUUGGUUCCCCGAGGACUUUGCGCGGUGCAUCACCAACCGUGUGGCCGUGGAGGGCAACGUGCGCAGGAUGGAGCGGCUGCGGGUGGAGACUGACGUGUAGCCCGCUCCGUGGGCACCUCGCCAGGCAGCUUCAGUCCAAACUCCAGCAGGUGGCUGUGGCAGCCCGCAGGGGGCCUUGUGGGCUUGUCCCGGGAGCCGAGCCAUCCUGGGCCUCCCCAAGGACCUGUGGGCUGCAGUGAUGGCUCCAGACAAGCUCGAGGGGGCCGUGCCAGCCCUGACCCCUGGCCAAGUUCCUGAGAGGAGCCCAGCCAGCUGUGGUCACUGGCCCCAUACCAGCUCCUGACCGCCCGCCCUGCCCCGAGCACCCACAACUAUGCCAUGGGUGGCAUGAUGGAGGAUGGCCCCGGGAGCCGUGGGACUGGCAUGGGGCUGUCUACCUCCUACACUGCUCCUGCCCCGCGUGGACAGGGCGGGCCCUGAGCCCCAGGCUGCCCUGCCGUCCGAGAGGCGGGCCGCCCAGAGGGAGGUGACCCCAUGAUCCCAGCACUAUACUUGUGACGGAGGUUCCCAGAGACAUUAAAGUGCUCGUAUAGCC